CCUUCCAGCUUCUUCUGUGAAAGCAUUACAUAAGAAAUGGCAAGAAGUCUUUUGAAGACAUCGCCUAACCCUGUAAAGACAAAAUUGCUGCAUCAGAUAGGACUGUCACUUUAUAAUACUUCUCAUGGCUUCCAUGAAGAAGAAGUGAAAAAAAAACUUGAACAGUUUCCUGGUGGAUCUGUUGACCUUCAGAAGGAAAACAAUGGCAUUGGCAUUCUUACGCUGAACAAUCCAAGUAAAAUGAAUGCCUUCUCAGAACCAACAGGCGUUACGAUGCUACAACUUCUGGAAAAAGUGAUUGAGUUGGAAAACUGGACAGAGGGGAAAGGUCUCAUCGUCCGUGGGGCAAAAAAUACUUUUUCUUCAGGAUCUGAUCUGAAUGCUGUGAAAGCACUAGGAACUCCAGAGGAUGGAGUGGCCUUAUGCAUGUUCAUGCAAAACACCUUAACACGAUUUAUGAGACUUCCUUUAAUAAGUGUUGCACUGGUUCAAGGUCGGGCAUUGGGUGGAGGAGCAGAAGUUACUACUGCGUGUGAUUUCAGGUUAAUGACUACAGACAGUGAGAUCAGAUUUGUCCACAAGGAGAGGGGCAUAAUACCAAGUUGGGGCGGUGCCACCCGGCUGGUUGAGAUCAUCGGCAGUAGACAAGCUCUCAAAGUAUUAAGUGGGGCCCUUAAGCUGGAUUCAGAAAAAGCAUUACGCAUAGGAGUGGUGGAGGACAUCUUGCAAUCUUCAGACGAAACCGAAUGUCUCAAAGAAGCGCAAGAGUGGCUACAGCAGUUUAUCAAAGGGCCACCAGAAGUAAUCAGAGCUUUGAAAAAAUCUGUUUCUUCAUGCAAAGAGCUUUGUUUAGAGGAGGCAUUACAGAGCGAGAGAGAUCUUCUAGGAACACUUUGGGGUGGACUAGCAAAUUUAGAGGCUGUUGCUAGGAAGGGAAAGUUUAAUAAGUAAUUUUUUAAAAUCCAUAAGUAAAGUCGCUCAGUCGUCUCCGACUCUUUGCGACCCCAUGGACUGUAGCCUACCAGGCUUCUCCCACAGGAUUUUCCAGGCAAGAGUACUGGAGUGGGUUGCCAUUUCCUUCUCCAGAAGAUCUUCCCCACCCAGGGAUCGAACCCAGGCCUCCUGCAUUGUAGGCAGACGCUUUACUGCCUGAGCCACCAGGGAAGUCUUAAAAAUACACACUGCAAGUUAAAACCCCAGUGAUUAAUAUGUAUAAAAGUUGAAUGGUAUCAAAUAUCAGUGUUAAAACUACUUAGAAGGUAGUAAAGUAUUUGUAAAA